UCCCCCUGCUCGCGGGACUGCUGUCGCGGUCCCUUCCUGCGCGAUGGGCUCCGAGGCGGCGCGGCUGCUGGAAGCCGCAGACUUUGCGGCUCGCAAACACCGACGGCAGCGGCGGAAGGACCCUGAAGGGACUCCCUACAUCAACCACCCUAUCGGUGUGGCCCGGAUCCUGACCCAUGAGGCGGGAGUCACCGACAUUGCGGUGUUACAGGCGGCCCUGCUCCACGACACCGUGGAAGACACAGACACCACCCUGGAGGAGGUGGAGCUGCACUUUGGGGAGCAAGUGCGGCGUCUGGUGGAGGACGUAACAGACGACAAGACGCUGCCCAAGCUGGAGAGAAAGCGGCUGCAGGUGGAGCGGGCACCCCGCAGCAGCCCAGGGGCCAAGCUGGUGAAGCUGGCAGACAAGCUGUACAACCUGAGGGACCUGAACCGCUGCACCCCAGAGGGAUGGUCUGAACGUCGAGUCCAGGAAUACUUCGAGUGGGCAGCACAGGUGGUGAAGGGGCUUCAGGGAACAAAUAAACAGCUGGAAGAGGCUCUAAGGCAGCUGUUCAAGGAGCGUGGGCUGACACUCUGAGCAGUGUUUAGAGCCCUCAGGUGACAGACUCCAGCCUUGCCAGGCCAUCGAGGAUUCACACUUCAGCAUUUUGGUGCCCAAGCUCUCCAUGGUUCGCUCAGCUCAGAUAUUAGUGGCCAAAACACUUGUAUUUUCUCACCUGAAGGUCUCCUGCCAAUAAGCUGAGCCCUGGAUUGCGGCGAUCAGAUGCACCCCAUCCAUUUCAAAUGCAUUCACUGCCCUUCUCCAGACCUUGGGUCUGUUUGCUUUUUUGCAUGGUAGGAUCUUUGGCCCCUCAGGGACUUGCUCUUAUAUAAACGCUAGUUCAUGAGUCAUUAUGUAAAAUAAAGCACUUUGGGUACAGGUUGAA